UGUUCUCAGUUGUCUGUCAGCCAAUGCAGUGGAAAAGUCCAAAACAGUUUCGUGUUUUGUGUCAGAAUCGAGCAAAUUGGCACCUUUUCAUAGAUAUUUAUUUAUGUUUUAAGUAUUAAAAAGCUGAACGCUUUUGUGUAGUUUCGUGAACGACAGUACAACUAGACCUGGGAAAACCCAACACUACAGUCAAAAUUAAUUGCGGAGUAGCGUCAACUUUCCAUAAAAAUCAACUGCGGAAGUUUAGUGGAAAGUUGUGGAAAUGGCAGAUUUUAGCAAAAGUUCGGACCAAGAAGAUGAUAUUGGAGCGGUUGGCGGCGAGGAUUCCGUAGAUGAGAGAAUCAAUGAGCAAGCAGCAUUUGUCCUAUGUGAAUACAUUGUGCAGGCAGCCCAUGUAGAUGACCCACAAGUCCUGUUGAGCCAAGAGGAUUUGGGUGGAAGUCAAAGUGAAGGCCGGGACCCUAAAGUGAAGGAGAUUGUCAGAAAUUUAAUUCAAAUAGGGGACGAGCUGAAUAGGAAUGCUGAACUUCAGUACCUGAUUGAUCACAUCGAGCUCGAUUCAGCAGAUUUAUUCUGUGCUGUGGCCGAGAGGAUUUUCAAAAAUGGUGUUAAUUGGGGAAGAGUUGUUGCCCUUUUUCAUUUUGCUUACAAACUUAUAUAUAGGGCAGUAACUACAAACUGCAGGGACAUAGUAAGGAAGAUCAUUGGCUGGACAAUGAAUUUCUUCAGGCGGCAUGUAUCUCAGUGGAUCAGAGAGCAAGGAGGAUGGGAAACUGUCCAAUAUCAUUUCCAAAAUUGUAGAUGGCACAAUCUGGCAAUAUUUGUAGCUGGAGUUCUCACGGGUGCCAUGGCUUACUGGAAGAUGACAUAAAUAAGCUGCAGUUCUGUUUAUAAAGUGGAACUGACUGUAUUGCACCCCAAUUUUUUCAGCCAGUAAAACCAUGUAAAUGUGGCUCAAUGUUAAAUGGUAGCGUUUCAGAUUUCUGCUAAUAAACCAAGUUAAUUAAUGAGUUUUGAGAUAAAGGUGUAUCAUUUUACAUAUGCCAUUUUAA